AUGGGGACCCAAGUGAUUGUGACGGAGCAACAGCCCUCCGCCGGGCUCCUUGGAAAGCGAUUUCACAUUUUCGGCAGCGGCAUCUCUUUUAGCAUGUCACCUACUAUUCACAAUGCUGGGUUUAAGCACCAUGACCUGCCGCAUUUCUACGACAUCCGCGAGUCUCCCGGCAUUGAAGGAGUAGCCCAUCUCAUCCAACAUGACACGUUUGGUGGUGCAAGUGUCACGAUGCCACACAAGCUUCAAGUCGACAAAUACUGCGACGAAAUAACCGAUACAGCCAAGUCAAUUGGCGCAAUAAACACCCUUGUCGUCAAGUCAAAAGAUGGGAAGCGGGUAAUCGUGGGCGACAAUACGGAUUGGUCUGGUCUUUAUAGCAUCAUGAGCAACCAUAUCGACAAGACAGGUCGCAAGCCUGAGACUGGGCUUGUGAUCGGCGCAGGAGGUGCCUCUAGGGCGGCUUUGUAUUCGAUGUAUCGCGCGCAGGUCAAGACCAUAUAUCUUGUCAACCGAACACAGUCGAAGGCGGACAGUGUGCAGGAGGCUUUCAAGUCUCUCUUCACGAUUAAAGUCAUACCUAGCCUGGAAGAUCUUCCUACGAAACCCGAUAUUAUCGUCGGCACGAUCCCUGCCGAUACGACGACAGAGGCUCAGUUUGCAAAUCUUUUUGGCCCUCGGGGCUUAUGCAUCGAGAUGUCGUAUAAGCCUAGAAUCACACCGCUGCUUAAGGUGGCCAAGCAGCACCCCGGCUGGGAAAUUGUUACGGGAGUCGAAGUUUUGCUUUCGCAGGCCUUUGAUCAGUAUUCAAGGUGGACAGAUAGGGAGGCACCAAAAGAAAUCAUGGUUGAUGCUGUCAUGGCGCAUGAGAGACGCCCCGCCGCUCUAUAA